CUCCUCCCAGCGCCGCGCCCAUGGAAAUCGAUUCCCCUGAAAAAUACCAGGCUCUGAUCUUGUCACUAAUCGGGCUCUGUCGGUCCAAGGAGUCUCACGAUGAAAGUGUCAGGAAUGCCAGCAGAGACCCCGUCUUCGAUGCCGAGCGGGUCACUGCCCACUGCUUCAAGCAGUUCAAGCAGGAGAACUUCUGCCUGCCCCAGAGCCGCCGGCGGAUCAUCAUCUUGCCUCAGAAGGAGGACCCGGUGCCUGCUCCUCCUGUGCCCCAGCCCCAGGCUGCCCCGCAGCCCACCCCCAGGUUCAAAGCCCUGGGGCUGGAGGAGCCCCAAGCACCUCCAGAAGACACGAGGGCCUGGAUGAGCCAGAGGCUGAAGCUUCGGCAGGACCUGGACUCAAUUGGCGACGCGAGGAAGUGGCUCCUGCACAAGGCCAGCCUGACGCCCUCCGAGACCAAGGUUCUGGACAGGAUCCGCAGGGAGCGCCAGGUCCUGCUGGAGAAGCCCCCGACCGUCACCCCAUUCACCAAGAAGAAAAGUGCCCGAGUUCUCCACCGAUCAGUGCCCCAGCUCCAGCUGCCCAAGCCCCCGGCCCUCCUGGCCUUCUACUCCCACCUCCGCAGCCGCAAAGUCAAGAUCCUGGAGCUGUUCCACAAGGUGGUGCGGAGCGAGAAUCAGAUCUCCAGGGAGGAGUUCUUUCUGGCUCUGAAGACGUUCGGAGUCCCUCUGAAGUACCAGGAGGUGGAGGACAUUGUGAUCUACCUCAGCUCCCUGGGGAAGAAAAACACCAUCACCACCGAUGUCCUGGAAAGCACCUACAAGAAGUGGUAUCUGGGGGAGCAGAGGAGCGCCCUGCCCUAUUAUAGAUCUGCCAAGGUCAGAGCUUUACGCAGGUUGCCCAAGAAGCAGGUCGAUGUAGCCCCAGAGCCUCCCAAGAUGGACCUGCUGACCGUGCCUGUGGUCAGCACGGACAAAGAGUCCCGGCCGCUGACCCUGGAGGAGAUGGAGGAAGUUGGCAAGCGGUACCGCGAGAGGAGAAGGCAGCAGAAGCUGUCCCAGCCCUCCAUCCGGUACUCGGAGCAGUGCCGCCUGGUGCGCAGUGGCGUCCAGCAGGUGGACGACCACUGCCUGCCGUCCACCAUCCCCGGAGACAUGCAGGAGCUGGUCAACGCGGCCCGCCGGGACACCUUCCUGGUCUACCUGCGCUGCUGGAAGCUCUGCAAGGCCUACGGCCUCUCGCUGACGGAGGACAUCCUGAUGAAGGCCCUGCUCUACCCCGGAGACAAGAUCAUCCUCCAGCAGGACCUGGUGCUCCCCAUCCGCCAGCCCGGAGGUUACUAUUUGGACUCCAAGAAGACCUGCCGCCUGAGAGCGGCCCAGCCCCGGCCGCCGCGCCUCCAGGAAGACGCCAAGAAGCUGGACCAGCUGAGUGCCAGGCCCGCUUCCUCCCCGCUCAGCCGCCUGCCGCCACUGCGGAAAUCGGCUCGGAAAAUCAGGAAGUUACACUUUAAGGAGUUUGAGGAAUUUGUCAGGAAGAUGAAGUUGAAGAGGCUGGAUGUUACCCAGCAAACUCACCCCAAUUUCUUCUGGCCGGGUCACCUCCUGGACAAGCUGCGGCUCUACCUGCCCACUACGGCUGUGGAUCGGAGCCUGGCCAUCUUCAGCUGUGUCCAUCAUCAGCCCCCCAUCUAUUCCUACCACUCCAACCACUGGUGGCCCAUUACGAACAAGAACUACCUGACCUACGCCCAUUACGAUGCCAGCAAGGUCUAUCACAUCAACUAGAACGGCCCUGGUGUCGCUGGGCCCAGCCAUCCUGGCCCAGCGUCAUAAACAUAGGCCAAAGAACCAGACACAAGACACACUGGAGAGCCAGCACUCUCCAGACCAACAGU